CUUUACAACACACACAGACACACUUUCCACUUUACAGGAGAAGACUUCACAGCUACUAAUGCUACAGUGAUUCACAGUUUUCAGCUGUCUUUCAACCCUGGCAGGAAGAGAAUGAGGAGAAGGUUCUUGACUAUUAUAAAGGGAAAAAUGACAACAAUUCUUGGAUGUAUUCACAUAAUUUGGCUCAUUGUGUUGUGCUCCAUAUUACAGGUUGCAUUUACACAGGAAAAUGGUACUAAUGGAACAUCAGCAGAAAAUAUAUCCUGUAUUGUUAACUCAUACACAUUUAAGGGGUCUUCUAUGAAUUGCACUUGGAAAGCUGGCAAAAAGGCUCCAAAAGACACUCAGUAUCAUAUUUAUCUAAAACACAUGAAAGAAGAAAUAGAAUGCCCACAUUACAUAAAUAAUAAUCUUGGAAGACAUAUUGGAUGCUAUUUUGUCAACAUGGUUGUAUCUGAAGACAAAGUGACCUUAACAGUGAAUGGAUCAAGUAAAUCAAUUCAGCCUCUUGUUCAUAAACUGUAUCCAUAUAAACAUGAAAAACCUGGCCCACCAAGAAAUAUCACUGUGAAUUGCCAGGAACAAUCCACAUACUGUACAGUAGAAUGGAAACCUCCUCCAUCUUACAUUAAUGUCAGAGAAUCCUGCUUUUGGUAUGAAAUAAAGGAUGAAACUAGAAACAGAACUGAGAAUAUACCCGAAGGAAUCGCCUCCAAAAAUUACUCUAAGGAUGCAAGAUACAGACUGAGAAUUCGUACACGUCCACAACUUCGCUGCCCCCUUACAGAUGCAUUUGGUGAAUGGAGUGAACCAAUUGAAUUUGGCACUGAUUCUAUUUUAUUCCCUACAAAUACCCUAAUCUAUGCGAUAGUUGGAACCAUCAUAGGAACCCUGUUUCUGGUUUUGGUUUGUAAAAGAUCUCAUGCAUGGAAAAAACUUAAUGCUCCAAUCCCACAACCAAAAGACAUUAUUAAGCAGUACGACAAAAACAUGGAGAAAGCAUGUGAUGACCCAUUACCAACAGCAGCAGAAGUUGAAAAAAUCACAAUGGUUGAAGAAAUGACUGUUAGCAAAGAAGUAUGAGUCAUUUUCCUUAACUAUCAAGCAACUAAACCUCAUAAAUUAUUGAAAUACUGUUGCUUUGGUAGUGUUCACACAGACAGCUACUAAAAUGAUUAAUUAGUAUUCUUCCAUGAUAAGCUACAAGGAUAAUUGACCACCUGGUAACAUUCCAUCUUUUAUAUAUCCACUAUAUUCUGUCCACAACAUUGCCCUUAGGAUUACUUUUUCUUCUUUUUGCGUGGUUUGGCAUGGGUAGUAGCUUAAUGGACAAAAGAGCCUUUUAAAGCUCAGUGCACAUUCAGUAGAUCUGGUGAGUUUGUUUUUAUCUUUAUAACCCAUUAGAAGAUUUAAAAAUAAAAUACAAAAACAAAAAACAAAAAAACAACCCUACACAGCAGCUCUUUCUCUAUAUGAUAGUAUGUGAUGGUGCUCUAAUGACAGCCUUCUGAAAUGGUGCUACAGCAGAAUAAAGCUCUCUUUAAACAGAGAGUGACACAAUUAGUACAAGUUAUUGUAUCACGUGUUGUAGUAUGCAGGACUAGGGAUGCAUAAAAGUUUCUUUUUUCUCAUAAAAGGAAAAACCGCUUUCAUUUUUUUCUAUUUGCCUUUAUUACUCUUCAUUUUUAAGAUAAGCUGUUGUAACUAUCUGAGCUGUUUAGAUAUUUUAUUAGGGAGAAAUUCAAACAGAAAAAAGUUUGGAAAUAAAACUAUUUUAAAUUCUGAAA